UAGCAUUAGAGGCGAACAACUUCACCCAGGGUUUAAUUUCUUGCUUGGAUUACAGGUGUAUUCAGAGACCCUGGGCCUGUGGGGCUGAUGAAUCAUGAAUCUACACAACGUAGGCCCAACAUCCACUCUCGUCAUCACGGCUGCAGUGCUACAGCUCUGCUCAUGCUUGACCCAUCAGGGCAGCACCAUACUACGAAGCCUCGCAACCAACAAAGCUACUUAUCAAGAACAUGAAACUGCUGCGAUAACUGCAUCUUUUGUAUUCCCUCCAAACAAAUCAAUGCUGGAUUACAAGUUUCUAUGGACAGUUGGGCACCCAGACAUGGAAAUACCAUUCAUUGAAGACACUAAGUUCACCUACAGACAUAGGAACAGUGAAGACAUCGAUAAGCGUAUUGAGAUUUCCUUCACUAGCCAUAGCUCUGGCACAGGGUCAAUAAGAAUUAAGAUUCAUGACCUUCGAUUAGCGGAUUAUCAAAAAUUCAAACUCUCUGUGUUUCUUAGAGAUCAGACGGUAGAGAUUCUUCAUGACUAUGCUGAGAUUCGUGUUGAUCAUCAGGGAGCAACUACACAAUCAAGACAGAUGAUGAGCACCAUAUCUCUAGAAACUGAAUCGGACGCAUCUACACCGACUUUGACACCAACAACAAAACCUACACCUCUGAGAAAUUACAUGUGGAUUCCACUAGGACUCAUCUUUCUCCUCUUUCUAUUUCGAAUUACUCUCAAGGUCUACCACCAUGUCAUCCAGUCAUCGCAUACAUGUUCAUGCACCCAGGAAGAAACGCCAUCAACAGAAUCAUCUUCUAUAUAUACUUCAACAAAAGAGUCUUUCAAGCAAGAACACACUACUCUUGAAUAUAAAGUUUGUGUAUAACCUACUGUCAAAGGGAAUGGUUUGAAAAUGGGCAGGGCUUAUUAUCAAUCCAAGACUAUCAAAGAAAGGCCAUGUUACUGGAUGUUGUUGGAUGU